AUGCCCAACAUCGGAGAUCAACACUCCAUGGGCGACCAAAACUAUGAGGUUGUUGCCGCGAACGACGCUGGUGUCGAGGUCCUCCUCGACCAGAUGCACCAGAGUAUCGCCAAAGUCGAAAACCCACGCUUUCUCCAGAGUGUCUUGAGCAAAUAUCACAUCCACAAUGGCGAGCCGCAGGUCCCGAUGGCGCUCGUGAAGCCCGGUUGUGACGGAUGCAGCAGCAGCAAGAAGCCCAAAGCCUGCUACGCUGGCUUACGCGACGGCGGUUUCCUCCGCUGCCUUCCUUGCGGACGGAGGAUGUGCUCGUUUGAGCCCCGUAACAAGAGUUCAUCCGGCGCGUGGAUGGUGGCGCAGAACGACAUUCCCCUCGUCGCCGACUAUGUUGCCGGCACCUCGAGCCUGAUCCGGCACCUGAUCAAGGACCUACCACCGAGCCACCCACUUGUCUCGGCUGCUCGCACUCACAUCGCGCAGGGCAAGACCAUUCUCGACCGGGUGAACGAGGGACGCAUUGGACCCCGCCACAAGCCAACGGCUGCACCGGACACAGCUGCGCUUCGGCCGCACGAGGCGAUCGCGUCUGAUGUUGCUGCGAUUGACGAACUCGCAGAUCGAGUGCAUGCACGGGCAGCCGAGGCUGGCGAACUGCCCAAGAGUCCCGAUGACGGAGACGGCGGGCAAUAUCCCCAGAUGGACAACUACGCGCCACCACCGUUUGAACUGCCACCUAUCGGUGAGGACGAGGCUGGUGUUGAAGCGCUACUCCCUCGCGAUGAGGACGUGGAGGAGGACCGCAAACGCAAGGCGCCGGCCAGCCGAGGUCGUGGUGCAGCGAAACGGGGUCGUGGACGGGGUCGGGGGCGAGCAUAG